CCCGAAGGCGUUAAAGAAGUUGGCGAUGUGACAAGUACGUCAACUAAUCUGUAUGAGGUUUAAAAGUUGUGUGUGUGUGCGCGCUGUCCACUGCCUGCCCAUGGUGUUGCUGUAAGGUGUGCUGCAGUCUCUUAAAAGGAGCACCAUGGCAAUGUGGAUCCAGGCCCAGCAGCUGCAGGGUGAGGCUUUGCACCAGAUGCAGGCGCUGUACGGCCAGCAUUUCCCCAUUGAGGUGCGACACUACCUGGCACAGUGGAUAGAGAGCCAGCUCUGGGAUUCAGUAGAGUUGGACAACCCAGCAGAGGAAGCCAAAGCCAAGCGUCUGCUGGACAACUUGGUGGCUGAGCUGCAGAAGAAAGCCCAGCUUCAGGGAGGAGAGGAUGGCUUUCUCCUCAAGAUCAAGCUGGGCCACUAUGCCAGCCAGCUCAAGAGCACUUAUGACCGCUGUCCUUUGGAGCUGGUGCGCUGCAUUAAACACAUCCUGCACUCAGAACAGAGGCUGGUUCAGGAAGCUACAAAUGCCAGCAGUGGGGCUGGGGGCCAGGCUAUGGACACCUUGUCACAGCGCCACCAGCAGAUCAACCAGGCCUUUGAGGAGCUCCGCUUGGCCACACAGGAGACCGAGAACGAACUGAGAAAGCUCCAACACAGCCAGGAGUACUUCAUCAUCCAGUACCAGGAGAACCUGCGCAUCCAGGCCCAGCUGAGCAGCCUGUCUUCACUGCCUGCGGCCGAGCGCACCCAGCGGGAGACCACCCUACAAAGCAAGAGGGCCACUGUGGAGGCCUGGCUCACUAGAGAGGCCAGCACACUACAGAAAUACAGGCUUGACCUGUCAGAACAACACCAGAAGACCCUGGGCCUGCUGAGGAAGCAGCAGACUCUAAUCCUGGAUGAGGAGCUCAUCCAGUGGAAGAGGAGGCAGCAGCUGGCUGGCAAUGGGGGCCCCCAUGAGGGGGGCCUGGAUGUCCUCCAGUCCUGGUGUGAGAAGCUGGCUGAUUUGAUCUGGCAGAACCGGCAGCAGAUCCGGCGCUGUGAACAUCUAACCCAGCAGCUUCCUCUGCCGGGCCCGAUGGAAGAGCUGCUGAGCAAACUCAACAGCGACAUUACUGAUAUCAUCUCUGCUCUGGUCACCAGCACCUUCAUCAUUGAAAAGCAGCCGCCCCAGGUGUUAAAGACCCAGACCAAAUUCGCAGCCACUGUGCGCCUUCUAGUGGGUGGAAAACUCAACGUCCACAUGAACCCGCCUCAGGUGAAGGCUGUCAUCGUCAGCGAGCAGCAGGCCAAAGCUCUGCUGAAGAAUGAGAGCACACACAGUGAAAGCAGUGGAGAAAUCCUCAACAACAACUGUGUGAUGGAGUACCACCAGGCCACCGGCACCCUCAGUGCACACUUCAGGAACAUGUCCCUGAAACGGAUCAAGCGCUCUGACCGUCGAGGUGCAGAGUCGGUGACGGAGGAGAAGUUCACAGUCCUGUUCGAAUCACAGUUUAGUGUCGGAGGCAACGAGCUGGUCUUCCACGUCAAAACCUUAUCGCUGCCUGUGGUAGUGAUCGUCCACGGCAGUCAGGACAACAAUGCCACAGCAACAGUCCUCUGGGACAACGCCUUUGCUGAGCCUGGCAGGGUGCCGUUCAUCGUGCCAGACAAAGUCAUGUGGCCCCAGCUGUGCGAGGCCCUCGAUAUGAAGUACAAGGCGGAGAUGCACAGCUCGCGUGGCCUGUCAGAGGACAACCUGGUCUUCCUGGCACAGAAGGCUUUUACAAGCAGCAGCAACAACCCCGAGGACUACCACAACAUGACCAUAUCCUGGGCCCAGUUCAACCGGGAGAGCUUACCUGGACGCAACUUCACCUUCUGGCAGUGGUUUGAUGGAGUUGUGGAGCUCAUGAAGAAACAUCUCAAACCUCACUGGAAUGAUGGGGCCAUCCUGGGCUUUGUAAACAAGCAGCAGGCACAGGACAUGCUCCUGUCCAAACCCAACGGCACCUUCCUGCUGCGAUUCAGUGACUCUGAGAUUGGAGGCAUCACCAUUGCCUGGGUGGCUGAGAAUCCCAACAAAUCAGGUGAGAGGCUGGUCUGGAAUCUGCUGCCUUAUACCACCAAGGACUUCUCCAUUCGCUCCCUGGCCGAUCGCAUCAGUGAUCUGAACCACCUUCUGUUUCUCUACCCCGACCGGCCCAAAGAUGAGGUUUUUGCCAAGUACUACACCCCUCCACUCUCCAAAGCGGUGGAUGGAUACGUAAAACCACAGAUCAAACAAGUUGUGCCAGAAUUUACCACCCCAAACCCUGAACCCAGUGGAGCUACUCCUACAUUCAUGGACCAGACAGCUUCUCCCUCCGUGAGCCACCCCAACAACUUCAGUGUUUACCCUCAUAUGAGUGACACCAUGUUGGAUGCAGAUGGAGACUUUGACCUGGAAGACACGAUGGACGUAGCCCGUCACGUGGAGGAGCUGCUACGCAGGCCCAUGGCCAACCAGUGGAGCAGCCAGCAGUCCUGAACCCGAAACCUGAGACUGCAGCACACCUUCAGGUCAUCACCAUCUUAUCCAACAGAAACACACACACACACACACACCUGUAAUUCUCUCUGGACUGCAACCAGGACAAGAAACGUCCUGAUUUGCAUCGGUCGUUCUGGCAGAGCGACGUCACAACUCACCAUCAAUCUUCUGUUUUAGCUGCCCACAGGAGUUUUGGGAAGAGAACAGGUCCCGUCAUGUGGUCUAAGUGUCUCUGUACAGGUAGCAAACUUGCUUUCAAGAGUCAAUGUUACUGGCAUUUGACCAAGGCUGGUGUUGAUGUCCUCUCUCACUUAUCAUAGUUUCUCAGGGCGGUGAUGUGGAGCUGGUUUGAUUCAAUGGGAUUUUUAUACAAAACUGAUACGUAUAGUUAGUUUUUUUUAUGUAAGCUUUGCAUUCAUAUGUGCCUGAUGAGCUUUUAGCAACAAGAGAGACCUCUGCUUAAAAUUUCACAGUAGACAAACUGCCCUUUCUUCUCUUUAAAGGUUUUCUUUCUUUCUAUACACAGUCAUUGUCGGUUAAUGUGACUAAAUGCUGAUAAAUUGAAUCUCUUCUCUGUUACAGGAGAUUUUUUUUUUUUUUUUGUCCAGAAAAUCCAGAAAAAAAAGGCAGGUCUUAAAGUAAGACUAUGUAACUUUUGCUGAACGUCAGCCCCUGAGAAGACUAGAAGUAUUCACAGGAUGAUGGCAAAUUGAAUUUCCCUUUGUUUUUCAAAGUUCUUCUGGAGUCAACAUGUCCUCGUUAGGUGGGAAAACAAGUAGAAAUCAACAAAAGAUGCAUCUAGAGCUGCUGCUUUGUCAUUAGCUGAGCGGAGGCUUAAGCUUUAGGACAGCUUUAAAUACGAGCUGUCCGAAAACAAAACGAAGCGCUUUCCUAAAACCCCCCACCACAGCGUGCCCUCAGAAGCUGCGGUUUCAGCAUCACCCCUGGUUUAGUCUGAACCCAGCUGCCGUGUCCUGUGCAAACCACCUAAAUAACACAACGCUGGCGGUGAGUGAAUGGGAGGUUUUCCACAAACCUGCAGCACAUCUGGUUUAACCUAGGUUUUAAACCAGGUGAAACUUAAGUUUCUGUAGAAAGUGGGUUAAUCUGACACAUUGAACAGAAAUGAUGUGUUAGUUAAUGCACCACCAGAAGGUGCCAUGUAAGCCAGGUGAUUUGUUCAGUCACCUGAGGCAAUACAAUAAAAUCAUAGAUGUCUUACAAGAAGAAUCCCCUCCUCAAUAUUAAUAUAGAAAUGUAUUUUACUGAUUAUUGAUAGAGCAGGAGAUUUUAAGGAAAGUAAUAUUGUACAGGCCAGAUGUUUAUCUAUAUGAUGUACAUUUAUAUUAAAAGUAUAUUGUGUUACGUUAUUUUGUGAUGAGCAGAACAGAUGUAACCGUUGUGAUAUUUCUGAAUUCUUUCCUCAGCAGUUAGGAGAAGUGAGCAGACAUAGAAACCGACUCCUAAUAAUUAGCAUUUUCUGAAACUAAUGAGCAAUCAGCAGUAUUAGGCUGCUUUUCUCUUAAUCAUCAUUAGUUUGACACAGCGAUCAGGAUCAACUCAACACGCUGCUGUGGUUUUUAAACUCCCACAAGUUCUGGUUUAGCUGAACCCGUUCCAGACCUCAGCUAAGGCAGUCCGAGGCUAAGUGACGCAGCAACAGCCUCGGUGUGUUUGCUUUGAGUUUUACUGUUUUCUGUAACAUGCUGAAACAAAGUUUAACAGUAGCACAAGUCAUAAAAAAAAAAAAGUCAGCAUUAACUCAGCAAACGGACUCUGUAAUGU